AUGGCAAAAACCAAAGGAGGAACUGGCUCCGGAAGCACCCAACCCCCGAAGAAGAAGAACACCAAACCCCCACCUCCAAAGCGGACCACGAGGCGAACCGCUUCGGAGGAGACCUCCACCAAAGUCAUUGAAGACCCUUUGCUGACUAUUCAACCCGAGGACAGAGGGCGUGCCGAAGUCCUUCAACAAGAGGAACGUGAGGACGCAAGAACAGCCGCUGAGUCAAAACAACCGGAGAAACCGGACGAAGAGGAACCUGAAUUCUCACCUCCUGUGAAGAAAUCGAAGAAAGCCCAGAUGGGCAAGGCAACUCCGGCGCGAUCCAUUGUCGCACCACCUCCUGUUCAAGCCCAACCUCAACCGCAAAUUCCAGAAACCUCCAUGCAGGAGGAGAGAACCGCUUCCGAGGAUACGGAAGGAGAAGAACAAGAGAAAGCGGAGGAGGAGAAGGUGGAAGAAGAGAAGAUGGACGAAGAGGAGGCUGAUGAGCAAGAAGAAGUUGAGGCCGUGCAAGAGGAGGAGGUGGAGGUUCCGAUACCGCAAAGCAAGAGACCAGGAGUGAAAAUGAAGCUUGAUGUUGCGAAGCCCCCAUUACCAGUUAAGGCCAGACCAGCACCGGCAGGAAGAAAAGAUACUGAUGAAAAUUAG